GAGUACGGAGUAGUGACCAUUGGUUGGGAUGAGUACGGAGUAGUGACCAUUGGUUGGGAUGAGUACGGAGUAGUGACCAUUGGUUGGGAUGAGUACGGAGUAGUGACCAUUGGUUGGGAUGAGUACGGAGUAGUGACCAUUGGUUGGGAUGAGUACGGAGUAGUGGCCAUUGGUUGGGAUGAGUACGGAGUAGUGGCCAUUGGUUGAGAUGAGUAUGGAUGCCCGGCGGGCAGGAAGGGGGUAGAAGUGCCCGGCGGGCAGGAAGGGGGUAGAAGUGUCCUGUAGGCAGGAAGGGGGUAGAAGUGCCCGGUAGGUGAG